AUUACCGAAUGUUAGUUUCAUUUUGAGACGAACAUGUACUACCAAAUACUUGUGUUUUUCCUUACAUGCUCAUUAUGCCAGUCAGUUCAUUAUGAACCAAACUGGAAAUCUAUUGAUUCGAGGCCGCUGCCAUCUUGGUACGACGAGGCAAAGAUAGGAAUCUUUCUCCACUGGGGGGUGUUUUCCGUUCCGAGUGUCACCAGCGAGUGGUUUUGGAAACAAUGGAUGGACGGUUCGGCCGCAGCCGUCAAGUUUAUGAAACAGAACUACAGACCCGAUUUCACGUAUGCAGACUUCGCACCCAUGUUCCAGGCAGAGUUCUUUGAUCCCAAUAAGUGGGCAGAUAUUUUCCAGGCUGCCGGAGCACGGUAUGUUGUUCAAGUCACCAAACAUCAUGAAGGUUUCACAAGCUGGCCAUCGAAAUAUUCAUUCAACUGGAAUGCUAUGGAUGUGGGCCCAAAACGGGAUCUUGUAGCUGAAUUAUCUUCUGCAAUUCGAAACCGGACCAAAAUUCACUACGGUGUCUAUCAUUCCAUGUUUGAGUGGUUUAACCCAUUGUGGCUGCAGGAUCAGACAAACAAAUUUACAACAAAUGACUUUGUUAUGAGGAAGGCUCUGCCCGAGCUGUAUGAACUUGUUAGCAAGUACAAGCCUGAGGUCGUGUGGUCCGAUGGAAGCUGGCUGGCCCCAGACUGGUACUGGAACUCUACAGUCUUCCUGGCCUGGCUGUAUAACGAAAGCCCAGUGAAAGACACAGUUGUUGUAAAUGACCGGUGGGGAUCCAACACGCCAUGCAAGCACGGAGGCUUCUGGAACUGUCAAGAUAAAUUCCGUCCAGGCAAACUAAUGCAGCAUAAGUGGGAGAACUGUAUGAGUAUUGAUCCAUAUUCUUGGGGAUACCGCCGCCCCGCCACUGUGGACCAGCUUUACAGCAUAGAGAAUCUCAUUGCACUGCUGGUUGAAACCGUCAGUUAUGGCGGGAACCUUCUGGUGAAUGUAGGUCCCACCUCCUACGGAACAAUUGCACCAAUCUACGAGGAGCGACUCAGACAAAUGGGAUCAUGGCUGGGUGUGAACGGUGAUGCUAUAUACGCCUCCAAGCCUUGGAAAUAUCAAAACGACUCUAUCACACCUGGAGUGUGGUACACCAGUAAGCCAGGGACGUCUGGAACUGAAGUCUAUGCCAUCACUGUAAAAUGGCCAUCGCCAGUCCUUAUGUUAGGAGAUCCACAGGUUUCCAUGGAUACAACAGUCAGUCUCCUUGGAUACUCAGGAAGUCUGAAAUAUAAGCCGGGAGUGACCGGUGGAAUUGAGAUUUACGUACCUGAUUUAACGAUUGAGGAAACUCCUUGUCAAUGGGCAUGGACAUUUAAAUUGGUUGGCCUGAAAAAUGCAUAAUUACUUGCUCAAGAAUCGUGACUCUUUUUUUUUUUAUUUUAAUCAGAUUAAUUAGUGAGAUAAAAACUGUUCAAAAUAAGUAGAAAAUAUUCAAACAAUACCCCGGUAUACCCCACUUCAGGUCUCAUCGUGGUUUCAUUUAUCAAAUGUGUGUGGGUAUUGACAAGUAUUUGAAUUCAUACUUACUUUGAACAUUUAAAAGAAAAUAUUCUUGAUUAUCAUUUGUUAGUUUUUAUUGACUCAUUUGGUUGUUUACAAGAUGAACCCAAAAUAUAGUUUUCAAAGGAAUUACUGGUAGUAUGGUGUUAAAUUAUAUAGAACAAAACGUAAUUGUAAGAUCGUUUAUGGACAGUUGAAUUCCUUGAGAUUUGAAUUGGUUUCUCUUUGAAAACUGAGGUACAAUAUAACAUUGACUAUAAAAUAUAUAUAGUAAUGUGAAAUUAUAUGGAACAAAAAGGAUUUUUAUGAUUAUUUUAUGGACAACUGAAUUCCUUCUUAGUAUCGGUUUUCUCUUUGAAAACUGAGAUAUGAUAUAUAACAUUGACUUUAUAAUGUAUACAGUACUACUGGUACAAAAAAUUGAAUUUAUUUUUGUUAUCAUAAUAAUUUUAGUUAAUAAAAAUGUUAAUAAUAAAAAAAUUCUUAUCAUCUACAAACUUUGUCUAAGUUUUGUAAAAUAGUUUUUUGUUCCCUUUAGAGAACCAUUCACCUUGUUCUCAAAAUAUACAAUCAGAAGAUAGUAUUAUAAAGUUGAGUGCCAUUUGUUAUUUUUGUGCUGGGGGUGUCGUUAAAUAUUCUAAUAAAUGUGCAAUAAUUAAAAAGACAGAAAAAAAUAUACCGAAUUGUCUGUUAUAUAUUGGAAAUACAUGUACAUGUAUUUGGUAUGCAAAAUAUAAAUUACAUUUUGUAACCAUUUGAUGAAAUGGGAAAAUAACCAUGUUGGUGUAGUUUUAAUAUUUUCAAUAUCAGCAAUUUAUCUUUAUGUACAUUCCAAUGUUCUAAUAUACUCAUAAUAACCAUGAUAAUAUACAUUGUUACAUACUAAUUGUA